AUAAAAUUAAAAAAAAAAAAAAAACUUAAAGAACAACGGAAGCUAAAAUCAUGAGGCGACUCAGCCCCACCAAUUUACAGAAAUGCAGGGUGAUGAAGCCAGACUCUUGCUAGGUUUCCCACCCAAUUCCCGCCCUACUCCAUCUCAGGUUAAAGCAGCUUAUAGAAAGAAAGUAUGGGAGUCACAUCCUGACUUGUUUCCUGUUCACGAAAAGCCUUCGGCGGAGUCUAAGUUCAAGUUGAUUACAGAAGCUUACACUUGUCUACAGUCUGGUACGGAAGGGAAAGGCUCACUUUCAGCUAUACAUUCACACGUUGUGAGAACGGGAGUACCAAAGGCUCAUGGGGGAAGAAGAAAUCGUGCUUUGAUUCAGAUUCCCUUCCUUCUUAUUGUUCUGGGAACUAUUGGACUUGGGGGAUUAAAUGCUACCAGAGCUUAUAGAAAGCAAAAAGAGGCAUGUCCUUCUCACAAUCCAUUCCUUCCAUGAGUUAUGCUGUUUUUUGAUGUGAUAUCAAUGUGGAAAGCUUCAAUAAAUGCGAGCCGUAGUCUGAAUUGGGUGUGCUUUAAGUAUAUGUUACAAAUGUCAAGUAUACCUUGACCUUAAGCUGUUCAAAAACAUGCAAAAAAUGUAUCGUGAGCCAAUUUCCUAUGUACAUGCAUCCAAUUAUCUGAUUUCGGUAGCUCUUUUUGUGCACCAAGUAGUUGAAAAUUUAGAAAUUAUGCUAAAAGCUUAGUAUUACUUUUGGUAUUGAGAAGUUCGCAUCAAGGGCAUAUUUAGAUGAAA